CAUCGCUUUUGAUCAGAGGGCGAAAAUGUACCCAUACCGCUACCCCUCGCCCGUUUUCCCCUUUUCCGCCCUCCUGGGUGGCCCUCGUCGCCACCGUUGGAUUCGCCUCGGAAUUCUGGUCAGACCGCACCCCAGGAGAGGCCCAAAGAGCAGCGGUAUCGGUGCCUUUCGGUUUCCCCAUCUGAUGGUCCUGAUUGAGUUGCCAGCAGACUUGGUUGGCCCAGUGCCCAUUGCAAACAGCGAGCCGCUUUGACUGCCCAGACGAUGUUGGCCGACUGCCAGAGUAAAGCCAUUGUGCCUCAAGCCUCUGUGCCGAAGGAGGCUGUACCACACAGACACUCUUACGCUCCAUUUGCCGCAGGACUCAGCCAGGACUCGCGCGAUGGCUUCUAAGCUGUUCGUCGUGCUUGCGAUGGUCGCCUUCUCUGGCGCGGCUGGCUUGGCUGGGAAGGAAGGCGGAAUAUUGGGGAGCAGGAUGGACGAAGUGCUCGCCGCAAAACCUGGUGAGCUGAAGAGGACGGUUACGGGAGGAUCCGAGACCAGUGCGGCGGCGCUUCAAGCUGAGCAGAAGAUGGUCAAUUGCGAGGACUACAACGCUGCUGCCUUCGCAAUAGCAAGGGGAACCUAUCCAGACAAAACCGCUGGCCUCGUGGAGGCGACUGCGUGCACAGGCAUCCUCGACCUUAAGGCAGACAUGUGCACCGAUACGGCGAUGGGACACUUGAUGGUUGUGAUGUCUACAUUGUGCGCGAACUCGUGCGGGAAGUGCUGAGCACUGUUGUGCCUGUCGCGCGCGCUGGUUCCAGCUUGGCACCAUCUUCGCUGACCGGCCCUCAUCUUCCGCUCUUUAGUCUUGCUGCCGCCCACUCUAUUCAUUUUCCGCUCUCAAGUCUCGCUGCCGCCCACCUUGAGCCCCACUCUUCUGUUCCUCUUGGGGCCGCGCGGAUCGGCAGUACAAGCUGCCGAGCGUAUGUGUGUGUGUGUGUUUGUGCGCCUGCGUUGCAGGCGCAAGCCCACCCUCCCCCUUCUCUCACGCCACCCUCGUUUCAGGGAGCUGCAUCUGCUUGAGCGUUUUAACGGCACACAUCUCUAGUCACCUCCUGCUGCCAGCAUCAAAGACGGCCCAAAGCCUUUCCUGGGUGCUUGCUGGCUGUCUCUCGGACGCAGUCGCGCGCAUGGGAUGCCUUCCGGUGUCCGGGUGUGUCGGCGGAGGGGCCGCCGUGCCGUCGCUAUCCCGUGUGCGGGGCUCACUUAUCUUGCGCCUAUCGGGGGGGGAGCACUGAAAUAGGUUGCGCGUCGCGCAUGAAUCGAGAC